UCGGACCCUUUUUCUGAAAUUCUGACUGCCGGUCUUACCGCCGGAUCCUGUUGAUGAUUGGGCGUCAGAUGGCUUCGUCCUGAAGCACGCACACUGGCACGUCCUAGAUCUGCAGGACAAGUGCCUCGCCCUGAGUGGUCGCAUGGCCAUAUGCACGCGGUCCAGCCCCCCUUCAUGUUCCCUCCAACUUGCUCUGUGACUUGUGUCCCAUGGUUCGCGACCACUGGCAUCCUCCGAAGCCUAAGCACCGUGGCAGCUAAGGUAGUGUGCAUGUCGACGAAGGCAAAAACAAGGGCCAAAAGGGAGAUCGAUCACCUUACCUCGACUUGUUUGGGUUCCGGGCUGCAGCGAGUAAGCGUGGCUUUACUCCAAAGCUCAAGCUCUGUCCGCCGCCGCCUCGCCGUUUCUUUCUCACCACCAACUGUCCACACCUUUCUUUUCGCCUCGUUUCGAUCUUGCAACCCUCCCCAUCCAAAAUCAGGAACCAGGACAAGCUCCAACCGACAACCCAUUCCCAAGGCAGCUCAGGUGUGGUGGCCACAAGGAGGGAGGGGGUCUUCUGCGUGGCUUACUCCGAACCACCUUAUUUUCACUUUCUCACUCGCCUCAACUCACUUCUCUCACAUUAACCUUUCUCCAACGCGACGUGCAGUGGGAAAGAAGAAGGGCUCGGGAACUGGCCAGACUUGGCUUCUCAGGGAGGACAGCCACUGGUCUGGCUCGCUCAGCUCACUGCACACGUUCACCGAGCUCAUCAAAUUUUGACUCACUCUCAUCUCACUCUGCCGACCUCUCACCUAAACGGCCGCAUUCCUCACCUUUUUCAUUCGCGCUUCACCUUUGCGACACUUACUCGGCUUCAAGCCCAUAGACUUCACUGUCCCGACGACACCC